GGCUUACAAGGCACAACCUUCGUUGUUUUGGUGAGAAUAGGGCUGUCGUUGGGGUGACUGACAUUUUGAGGGAAAUUUGACCCGCUUCGAUAUAUUAACAGGCUAGGUAGCUCGUUAGUUGUUACUUUUCUGAUCGAGUCGCUUAGAAAAAAGGCGACUUGAUCUAGCUCAUACAAUUUGCUUUGUGACAUCAGGUUGAAAGGGAUGCCGCUGCAGACAGACUCCGACGGACGCAAACAGUCUCAGGAUUUAAUCUCAUCGCAUUUAAUCGGGAAGAGCAGUUUUUCUAUAAAUUUAAAAGGCCUCAGAAUAAUCCAUUCUCGACCGAAUGCUUUUGUAAAAUGCUCAAGCUCGAGUACAAAUUAAUAGCUCAGCUGUGAAGUGAAGACGGACGUGAAUAUUCAGCAAGCUAACUAAGCUAACGGUGGCAGGUCAACAUAAACGGGGAGCAUUCUUUUUUGCGUCGCCGAGUGGCCUGUUGGGUUAAGAAGACGAGUGUCUGCGGAUUGACUUCUAUUUUUUUUCGUCCCCUACUGAAAACACUGUACGCAAUGAAACUGUUGGAAAACUCCAGCUUUGAAGCUCUUGGCUCCCAGCUGUGUGUUGAAACAGGGGAGUCUCGCAUCCUUGGCAGGAUUGAGAGCUACUCCUGUAAGAUGGCAGGAGAUGAUAAACAUAUGUUCAAGCAGUUCUGCCAAGAGGGGGAGCCCCACGUCCUGGAGGCUCUCUCUCCCCCUCAGUCCACCAGCGCCACCAGCCCUUCACAACUGGGGAAGAGCAGUGAAGAUGGGGAAAACCCUCUGAGUGACAAGUGUUGCAGGAAGACUCUUUUCUACCUCAUCACCACACUCAAUGAGUCCUUCAGGCCAGACUAUGACUUCAGCGCGGCACGUGCCCAUGAGUUCAGCCGAGAACCAAGUCUCAACUGGGUGGCCAAUGCUGUAAACAGCAGCUUGUUUUCAGCUGUAGGAGAGGAGUUCAACGCUCUGGGGCCGGAGCUUUGGAACGCCAUAGACCAGGAAAUUAACCUGCAAAGCUGUGACAUUUACAGCUACAACCCUGAUCUGGACUCAGACCCUUUUGGUGAAGAGGGGAGCCUCUGGUCCUUCAACUAUUUCUUCUACAACAAGAAGCUCAAGAGGAUUGUAUUCUUCACAUGUCGCUCUGUCAGUGUCCUGAGUGGCUAUGGCCGUGAUUGUCUCGACAAUGAGCUGGACAUGGAGCUGGAUGAUGAGGAGGAAAUGGAUGGCUUUACUGAGGACAGGUGCCCCAGAGCUUUGUGCGUGUGAGUUUCCCAGAUAACAGGCCUCGGCCAAAGAAUAUCUGGGUUUUUCUUCCACCUAUUCAUCACUCCAUCCUACCAUUCUUUGUUUUGUGGAUGUUGCUGCCUCACCCAAAGCCAUGUUCACACUUUAGAUUAAUGCAUGUUUGAAGCCUUCUCUUCAGCUGGCGAGCUGCAUACCGUGAGGUGGUGGUCUUUUUUUAAGACCUCACGGUACAUAAACCUCCUUCAUUGAACCGAAAAACCAAGCCCAAGGAGAACAAAACUUCACACACACUGGGCUUUUGUAAACUUUCCUUCAUGGAGAUUUGAGAAGAGACCUCAUUAUGGAUGUGCGGCCAAAGAAGGACAGCAAGCGAGUUGAGUUUCUUGCAAAUGAUGUCAAAGAGGAGUCCAGAUAACACCAGCACCAAACUGAUACAGAAGAAAAUUUAUAAUAUUCCAAACAGGGACGGGGCUGAGUCCAUUUGAAAAAAAUCCAGUUAAUGCUGACUGAUUUAUCAGCUGAAAGCUCAUCUGUUGUUUGUUUGUUGCUUAUGUGACAGUGACGUUACUGUGAGAACUCUUUAGCACUGACUUUGAAAUAUUUUUUAACUAUUAUUGAAUCUUAUUACUGCAAACACUUGUUUGUACUUGUUAAGACAUGAGGGGACGGUCGAGGGAAACUAAUAGGUUGUGGCUUAGAAAACAUCAGCUUUUAUUGAAUGCCAAUUACAUUUUAAUGCUUCAGUUUGUCAUCUAGAUACAGUAUUUUUUAAUUUGUUUAAUCUAUCCCUGGUUGACCCUGAUUUCUAGGUGUCAUUUUUCUUUGCUUGUUACCUCACUGCAAAAGGUAUAACAACAUUUUAACAGAAAGUGACAGAUAUGUUCAGCAUUAUUUUUUAAAAUUUGAAUAGCUCCUCUUUACGUUCCUUAAUAAUUAAAUUUGAGUUCUGUGUCUUUUCUUGACUGCUUUUGCUUUAAUUCGCUGGUAUCGAUGUGAAUAAACUGUUAUUUUAAUGA